AUGGAUGUCGACGUUGAAGCUAUGCUGGAAGCUCCUUAUAAAAAUUCAGAGCCUGAAUCUAUGACAGCGCAAGGUGAACAACAAGAAGUAGAUGCUCACGGUGAAAAGCGCUCUGAGCAUCACCGCCACUCUUCACGCUCUCGCUCACGUCAUCGUUCGUCUCAUCAUAGAUCCGGGUCUCGUCGUAGAUCUCACUCCAGAUAUAGUAGUAGAAGCCGAAGAUACCAUCGCUCACGUUCACCCCGUAGUAGCAGAGAACGACGACAUUCCUCGAGACGUUCACCUUCCCGUGAGUAUAGCAGUAGAAGAAGAAGUAGGAGUAGAAGACGUUAUAGUAGUAGAAGUCCUACACGUCGAAGCAGACGUAGUACUAGGACACCAUCUCCUCACCACCGUCGUCAUGAUCGAUAUGAUAGAGAUAGAAAAGAUAGAAGAGAUAGAGGAAGAUCGCCUUCACCCCCUGUACCGGAAGAAGAAAGAGAUCGAAGAACAGUAUUUGUUACUCAGUUAGCAGCUCGAUUAACUCAACGCGAAUUAGAAGACUUUUUUUCACAGGCUGGUAAAGUGCGUGAAGCAACCAUUAUCAUGGAUAGAAACUCAAGAAAGUCGAAAGGUGUUGGCUAUGUCGAGUAUUAUGAGGAGUCAUCUGUUCAAAACGCUCUCAAUUUAUCCGGACAAAAAUUAUUGGGUAUUCCUGUUCAAGUGCAAUUAUCAGAGGCUGAAAAGAACAGAUUAGCAUUACAAGCACAAAGAAACGCUGUUGGUCAACCAACAGAACCUACUUAUCAAAGACUUUAUGUCGGUUCUUUGCAUUUUAGUUUAACAGAUGAGGAUGUCCGUCAAAUCUUUGAGCCUUUCGGCCCGCUUGAUUUUGUUAAUUUACACAGAGAUUCUGAGACUGGGCGUUCAAAAGGUUUUGGUUUUAUUCAGUAUAAAAAUCCUGCUGAUGCUAAACAAGCAUUGGAAAAGAUGAACGGCUUUGAAUUAGCCGGUAGACCUCUAAAAGUUGGCCUUGUCACAGAAAAACAUCCCGUCAGUAAUAAUACUAGCUAUAAUCUUGAUGAUGAAGAAGCUGAAGGCGUUGCCUUGAAUUCGCUAUCGAGGGCUGAACUGAUGGCGAAACUAGCAGCGAGAGAUCAUACUAAUGGGGCCAGUCAAAUUGCCAAGCCUGCUGCUGCCCCUGUCAUGCCCGCUAAACCUAUCAUUCCUACAGCAGCAACCCGUUAUAUUAUGCUGAAUAAUAUGUUUAAUCCUGCCGAGGAAACGGAGCCUGACUGGGUUACCGAUCUGGAAACUGAUAUCAAGCUAGAAUGUGAAAAAUAUGGCAAGGUUGAACAUAUCAAGGUGAAUGCCGAUUCUAUGGGUGAGGUAUUUUUGAAGUUCGACAAUAUUGGUUCAGCAGAACAAGCGAUCAAAGCAUUGAACGGUAGAUGGUUCGGUGGUAAACAGAUUACUGCAGCCUGCGUGUCUGAAGCUAUUUUCAACGCUAAUGCUGUUUAA